CAUGGCCCUUUGACUCCAUGAAUUGCUAGUUCACACUCAAGAUAAUUUCUAUAUUAUUGAGCAAAAAAAAAGUUUUAUUUUCUUUAUUUAAAAUUCUAUUAUUUUGUUUGUAUCUGGGGUAGUCUAUUCAGCUAAAGCAUCUAACCUGCCUGUUCUUAGCUAGGUUUAGGCUGUUAAAUGUACCAAAAAAAAAAAAAAUCUUCUUUUCUUCUUUGUAUCUGAAAAAUAUGUUCUUUGGUACCCCUCAAGAAAAUUUCUGCUAAUUUGAUUUCAAUUUGUUCAGUACUGAUCUGGGGUUCUUUUGUUUCUCAAUCUUGGAGCUGUUUUGAUUAAAAAAGGUGACAUCUUUACCCUUCUGCUGCUGUUUCUUUAGCUUAUAGGGUGAAAUAGGUGAUAUUUAGUUCUUUGUGUUACUGUUACUUUUCAAGAACUGUUGGUUUUUAGGUCAAAGUUUGUGUCUUUUUUUUGGGAUUUGAAUGAUGAAGGAAUCUUGGGAUUUUGGAUUGUUAGUGAAGAGUUUGUUUUUAUUGGUGUUGGGAGUUUUGUGUGUUUCUGGUUUUGAUCCUGCUGAUAAUUUCUUAAUAGAUUGUGGAUCAAAUAAGGAUACUAAUGUUGGUAAUAGGGUUUUUAUGGCUGAUAAAUCAGCUGCUAAGUUUCUUUCAACUUCACAAAAUAUAUUGGCUGAUACCUCUUCAAAUUCUAUUACAAAAGCUGAUGAUUCACCUCUUUAUCAAACUGCUAGAAUUUUCACUCAACAAUCUAGCUAUAAAUUCCCAAUCAGUCAAGUCGGGAGGCAUUGGAUCCGCCUUUAUUUUUAUCCGUUUGUUUACCAAGAAUAUGAUAUGAGCAAAGCAACUUUCUCUGUUUCCACUCAACAGAAUGUUCUUCUUGGUGAUUUCACUCCCAAAAAUGUUACUGUCAAAGAAUUUUCUGUUAACGUGACCUCGAGGGACCUUGUGAUCACGAUCUCUCCUUUGAGCUAUUCGUUUGCAUAUAUAAAUGCUCUGGAAGUUGUCUCUAUACCUGAUAUUCUUAUUACUGAUGAUGCCUCCACCAUUAGUCCAGCGGGGACGUUCAGUGGUAUGUAUGCGCAGGCUCUUGAAACAGUUGCAAGGGUAAACAUGGGCGGAUCGCUGGUGUCAUUUGAUAAUGAUACACUUUGGAGAACAUGGGUUACUGAUCAAAGUUUCUUGACAGAGGCGAGUUCUGCUAAGUCGGUAAAUAAGAUUGCUUCUGUGAAAUAUCCACAGGAUGGAGUAACACCAGAUAUUGCACCACAGACAGUUUAUGGUACUUGUAGUAAGAUGAAUGUGGCUGAUACUGGUAAUGAUCCGAAUGCUAAUUUUAAUGUGACCUGGACGUUCGAUGUGGAACCUGGCUUCCAAUAUUUCAUUCGACUACACUUCUGUGACAUAGUGAGUACAGCUGCCAAUCAGCUGCUAUUUAACAUUUAUGUCAACUCCUGGAACGUGGCUAAUGAUUUUGAUCCUGGUCAGAAAGUUCAGGGCUUUUUAGCCACAGCUUCUUUCAACGAUUAUGUUACUCCACCCGCUAGAAGUAACAGGCUUAACAUUAGUGUUGGCCCGUCCCCUAGGAGUCUUUUUCCUGAUGCCUUUCUAAAUGGACUGGAACUUCUGAAGUUGAAUAAUUCUCAGGGCAGCCUUACUCAGGUAGCUUCUGUUCCUACUACCCCUAGUUCAAGGGCAAAGAAGAAUGUCGGAGUGAUCGUGGGUGUGAGUGUAGCCGUACCACUUAUUUUGCUGAUGGUUGGCAUCUUAUUUUGCAUGCAUAGAAGGAAAAAGCAGGAACAGCUUGCCCAGUCAAAAAUAUGGAUUCCGUUAUCUGUUAAUGGUGGCAAUUCACACACCAUGGGAAGCAAGUAUUCAAACGGAACAACCAUAAGUGCUGCUUCAAACUUGAGUUAUCGCGUUCCGUUUCCAGCUUUGCUGGAAGCAACUAGCAACUUCGACGAGAGUUUGGUCAUUGGAAUAGGUGGCUUUGGGAAGGUAUACAGGGGUGUUUUGUGUGAUGGCACUAAGGUGGCCGUGAAAAGGGGUAAUCCCAAGUCCCAACAAGGUCUUGCAGAGUUCCGAACGGAAAUUGAGAUGCUUUCACAGUUCCGCCAUCGGCAUCUGGUUUCAUUGAUGGGAUACUGUGAUGAAAAAAGUGAGAUGAUUCUAGUUUAUGAGUACAUGGAGAAUGGGACCCUCAAGAGCCAUUUGUAUGGUUCAGAUCUCCCGAGUAUGAGCUGGAAGCAAAGGCUGGAGAUAUGCAUCGGGUCAGCCAGAGGUCUGCACUACCUUCAUACUGGUUACGCUAAAGCUGUUAUACAUCGCGAUGUCAAGUCUGCAAACAUAUUGCUCGACGAGAGUUUUAUGGCAAAAGUUGCUGAUUUUGGUCUAUCAAAGACAGGGCCUGAGCUUGAUCAAACCCAUGUUAGCACGGCCGUAAAAGGAAGCUUUGGCUACCUAGAUCCUGAAUAUUUUAGAAGGCAACAGCUCACAGAAAAAUCUGAUGUUUAUUCUUUUGGUGUUGUUUUAUUUGAAGUUCUUUGUGCUAGGCCUGUCAUAGAUCCAUCUCUUCCGAGGGAGAUGGUCAACUUAGCUGAAUGGGCUAUGAAGUGGCAGAAGAAAGGACAAUUGGAACAAAUCAUAGAUCCCAAUCUUAAAGGCAAGAUAAGACCUGAUUCCCUUAGGAAGUUUGGAGAAACGGCGGAGAAAUGUUUAGCUGAUUUUGGUGUUGACAGACCAUCAAUGGGUGACGUGCUUUGGAAUCUGGAGUAUGCACUUCAACUUCAAGAGGCUGUCAUUCAAGAUGAUCCUGAAGAAAACAGUACCAUCCUUAUCGGCGAGCUCUCUCCGCAAGUCAAUGACUUCAGUCAUGUUGAUGCUGGUGCUUCUGCUGCUCGGAUCGAAUCACCAAAUUUGGAUGAUCUCUCUGGUGUUUCCAUGAGUAGGGUUUUCUCGCAAUUGGUCAAGUCCGAGGGUAGAUAACUAAGUGAAAACGGUACAUACCUUGCUUAGGUGUUUGUUAAUUCCACUUUUGUUCAUGGAUCAUAUGAAGAUUGAUUUUAUUUUUGUAACAGUUUAUUCUAUGAAUUUCUAAGUUUGAUAUAGAAAGUUAAACUUUGGAAACAUCAUUUCUCUGCCUGUGGAUCUUCUUUUCUA